CGUCCUCAGAUGGCCAAAGAGAAGAUCGAGGGUUGCCACGUGUGCACGAUGGUCACACCGGGAGAGCCGCAAGUCCUCCUGGGGAAAGACAAGGCCUUCACCUACGACUUUGUUUUUGACAUCGACUCGGAACAGCAGAGCAUCUACCAAGCGUGUGUGCACAAGCUCAUAGAAGGCUGUUUUGAGGGCUACAACGCCACCGUGUUUGCUUAUGGCCAGACAGGUUCUGGGAAGACCUACACCAUGGGGACCGGUUUCGAUGUGAGUCUGAGCCUGCCGGAGCAGGGCAUCAUCCCGCGAGCAGUUAACCAGCUCUUUGAAGGAAUCCAGCGCAGGAAGGAGCAAGCCAAAGAUGCCGGCAUCCAGCCGCCUGAAUUUAAAGUCAGCGCCCAGUUUCUUGAGCUUUACAAUGAAGAGAUCCUGGACUUGUUUGAUGGUGCGAGGGAUCCAGAAACUCGGAGCCGGAAGUCCAACAUUAGAAUCCAUGAAGAUGCUAGCGGUAGCAUCUACACCACUGGGGUCACUUCCAGACUUGUCCAUUCAGAGGAGGAGCUGCUGCAGUGUCUAAAACUGGGCGCCCUGUCCCGCACCACCGCCAGCACGCAGAUGAACGCUCAAAGCUCACGCUCGCACGCCAUCUUCACCAUCCACCUCUGUCAGAUGAGAGUCUGCCAACAACAGCAACAAUUGCCCAACGGUGAGGGGGAGAAUGAGGAAUUAAACGGUGUGGAGUCCAGUGCCAUUGAGCAGCCUGAGUACGAAGCGCUGAUGGCCAAGUUCCACUUUGUGGACCUGGCCGGUUCCGAGAGGCUUAAACGCACCGGAGCCACCGGAGAGCGAGCCCGUGAGGGAAUCUCCAUUAACUGUGGACUGUUGGCCUUGGGAAAUGUCAUCAGUUCUUUAGGAGAUCAGACCAAGAAAGGAGGGCACGUCCCCUACAGAGACUCCAAACUCACUCGGUUGCUACAGGACUCGCUAGGAGGCAACAGUCGCACAGUGAUGAUCGCCUGCGUCAGCCCCUCUGACCGGGAUUUCAUGGAGACCCUCAACACCCUCAAGUAUGCCAACCGGGCCCGUAACAUCAAGAACAAGGUGGUGGUGAACCAAGACAAGACGAGCCAGCAGAUCAGUGCCCUCCGUGCUGAGAUUGCCCGCCUACAGAUGGAGCUGAUGGAGUACAAAGCGGGAAAGCGUGUGGCUUGUGAGGACGGUUCGGAGGGUUACAGCGACCUCUACCAAGAAAACACCAUGCUCCAAAGAGAGAAUGACACUUUGCGUCUCAGAGUGAAGGCCAUGCAGGAGACCAUCGACCACCUCAACACCCGAGUCACACAUCUGCUGGCCAAUGAGGUCAGCGUGCUGCUCUGCAAGUCAGGUGAAGGCAACCAAGAGAUUGGAGCUCUUAUUCAGAACUACAUCCGGGAGGUUGAAGAACUCAGAUCCAAACUGUUAGAGAGCGAGGCAAUGAAUGAAUCACUGCGAUGUCAAGCUGCUCGUCUCACCCCUCGCACACCUUUCACUUCCUCCUGUCUAAGCCCCGCCCCCGGUCACCCUCCCGGCUCCUCCCCCGCCGCCAUGUCCAUGGAGGCAGAAAUGACGGACGUAUUGCGCAGAGCCAAGCUCGACAUUGAGAGGUUGAAGAAGAAGGAGAGGAGGCAGAGGAGGAUGAGUCCAGAAAUGGAGAAAGGUUUGAAAAAACGUGUUAAGUUACACAACCACGAGAAUGGCGACGUCGCUCAAAAUGGAGAAAACGGACUGAACGGCGAGAUUGAUUCAGACGACAAUCACGCAGAGGACGUCAUGUCUCCAUUGCAGGAGGAGAGCGGUUGCGAUGACGAUGAGGAGGAGGAAGAGGACGAGGAAGGUCGGGAGGAAGAUGAUGAGUUUGACAGCGAUGAAAGCCUGGUGGACUCGGACUCGGAUUCUGAUGAGAAAGCCAACUUUCAGGCCGACCUUGCCGACUUGACUUGUGAGAUUGAGAUCAAGCAGAAGUUAAUAGACGAACUGGAGAACAGCCAACGGAGGUUGCUGAUGCUGAAGCUCCAGUACGAGGAGAAACUCAUUCUGCUGCAGAACAAGAUCCGAGACACUCAGCUGGAGAGGGACCGUGUACUUCAGAACCUCAUGUCCAUGGAGAACUACACAGAGGAGAAAGCUAACCGCGUAAAGCAGGAGUACGAGAAACGUCUUAAAGAGAUGAACAGGGACCUUCUGAAGCUCCAAGCCGCACAGAAGGAACAUGCGCGCCUCAUUAAAAACCAGGGCAGGUAUGAACGGGAACUGAAGAAACUCCAGGCGGAGGUCAACGAGAUGAAGAAAGCCAAGGUGGCAGUGAUGAAGCAGAUGAAGGAGGAGCAGCAGAGGAGGAGGCUGGUAGAGGCCAAGAGGAACCGGGAGAUUGCCCAGCUCAAGAAGGAGCAGCGAAGACAGGAGUUUCAAAUCCGGGCCUUGGAAUCUCAGAAGCGACAGCAGGAGUUGGUUCUGCGCAGGAAAACGCAAGAGGUGACAGCCUUGCGCAGGCUGGCCAAACCCAUGUCAGACCGUGUCGCCGGACGCGUGGCCCGCUGGAACCAGACCUCCCCGGUGACCGACUCCGGCGCGGAGUUGUCAGCCAGCACCACCGCGAGCAGCUCCGAACCCGAGAGCGGGAAGACUGUGAGCGGUUUAGUACGGCAGUGGAACAACAAAAACAAUGGGUAUAGUUACUCGGGAGAGAACGAAGGGAGCAUGGAUGGAACACGGGUGAUCGGCAGCAGGAAGAAGCUUCAGCAUAAGCCAGCAGGUGUCAGCAACGCAGCACCAGCCGGCCGAGCCGUCACCUCCAAGUCGGCCCGUCAAAAGUGGCAAACCCUGGAACGUCGUAUUAUGGACAUCGUCAUGCAGAGAAUGACCAUCGCCAAUGUAGAAGCUGACAUGGAUCGACUCAUCACGAAACGAGAGGAACUAACAGCCCAGCAGGAGGCGUUAUCACACAAGAGAGCAGUACUAAUGGCAGACGGGGAGGGUCCGGAAGCAGAGGACCGUCUUCUUUUGGAGAUUAGUGAGGACAUCGAGGUUCUGAACGCAAACAUUGACUACAUAAAUGACAGUUUGUCGGACUGCCAGGCCACCAUUGUGCAAAUAGAAGAGACAAAGGAUGAGCUGGAUUCAGUGGAUACCUCAGUGGUGAUCAGCUCAUGUUCUCUAGCUGAAGCACGCCACCUGCUGGACCAUUUUCUCAAGGCCUCCAUUGACAAGAGCUUGCAGGUGGCGCAGAAGGAAGCACAGAUCAGACUACUGGAAGGUCAGCUGAGACAGACCGAUAUGAUCGGUUCAUCCCAAAAUCACAUGAUCCUCGAUGCCCUGCGAGAGAAAGCGGAAUACAUCCCUGAACUGCAGGCUCUCAUCCACAAUGCACAGCAGGAGAACGGUUACGCCAGCACGGACGAGGAACCGUCCGAGUUCAGUCAAGCCUCGGACAACAGUGUCUCACAAAUGAAAGAGUCCAACAGCCAAGAUGACUUCAAAAUAAAGGUGGAACCUCGUCUGUCGGCUCAGAUGAAGGCGGUGUCGGCCGAGUAUCUGGGUCCCGCCCUGGAGCAUCCGUCGGGCUGCAAGCAGCAGCAAAUUACCAAGUCUCUGGCCUCGCUGACCGACAUCCAGGAGGACUGUCUGACCACAGCCAAGGCCAGCCUGGGCCUUAGCCUCAGUCUCUCCAUGCGAGACCCCUUCCACAAAGAACGAGCAUCACGCACUAUCAGCUUGCCUAUCAGAGGACACACCUUUCCCAGGCAGUCGCGAGGCUACGACACUUCUCCUGUCACCAGAAGGAAAUCUUACGAUCGUUCAUACAGGCCUACGGAUGGCUACACUCCUCCUUCAUCCCCCCCUCUGAGGACCAGGAAUGACCGCAAUGUCUUCUCGAGACUCACCAGCAACCAAAGUCAAGGUUCUGCUCUGGACAAGUCAGAUGACAGCGACUCCUCGCUCUCCGAGGUGCUCAGGGGUGUGAUCAAUCCUAUCGGGGGCGUGAAGGGGGGUCGGACAGCCCCCCUGCAGUGUAUGUCUGUUGCCGAGGGCCAUUCAAAGCCGGUUCUGUGUGUCGACGCCACGGAUGAGUUACUGUUUACCGGAUCCAAAGAUCGCACUUGUAAGGUGUGGAACUUGGUGACAGGUCAGGAGAUCAUCACGCUCAAAGGCCACCCGAAUAAUGUAGUCUCCGUCAAAUACUGUACCUCCUCGGGUCUGGUCUUGUCCGUCUCUACAUCCUACAUCAAGGUGUGGGACAUACGUGAUCCAGCCAAGUGUGUCCGUACGCUCACUUCAUCAGGACAAGUAGUGUCAGGGGAUGCGUGUGCCGGAGCCACCACCCGCACAAUAACAUUUGCACAUGGAGAAUGUCAGAUCAACCAGAUUGCACUCAACCCAUCAGGAUCCGUGUUGUACGCCGCUGCUGGAAAUACUGUUCGCAUCUGGGAUCUCAACAGGAUGCAAGCUUUGGGGAAGCUAACAGGCCACAUUGGUUCCGUCAUGUGUUUGACGGUGGGGCAGUCUGGGACAGGCAAAGACCAAGUCAUCACUGGUUCUAAAGACCAUUAUGUGAAGGUGUUUGACGUGGCGGAAGGGACGCUAGGUAACAUCGGGCCAGCUCAUAACUUUGAGCCUCCGCAUUACGACGGCAUCGAGUGUUUGGCGGUGCAGGGAGACGUACUGUUCAGUGGCUCGAGAGACAACGGCAUCAAAAAAUGGGAUUUGGAGCAGCAGGAACUCACUCAGCAAAUUCCCAUUGCGCACAAGGACUGGGUGUGCGCCCUGGCCUACGUCCCGGGGAGGCCCUUGCUGCUCAGCGGUUGUCGGGGCGGCAUGCUGAAGGUGUGGAACGUUGACAACUUCACUCCAAUAGGAGAAGUCAAGGCACACGACAGCCCCAUCAAUGCCAUAUGUACAAACUCUAGGCAGAUUUUCACUGCGUCCAGUGAUUGCAGGGUGAAAUUAUGGAACUAUGUGCCUGGCUUGACCCCAUGCCUUCCUCGCCGGGUCCUCGCCAUCAAGGGCCGAGCCACCAGCCUCCCAUGA